CCUGCCUAUUCGACUUGGAGCGCGCUGCAAGCCACAGAGAGAAGUGAGGAGUUGCACGAUGUCUUGAGGAAUGAAUGUCUUUGGUUCGGGGUAAGACGGAGCGAUCUUUCGAAUCGUUACGACGCAAGGCAUCGAAGUAUAAGAUCUCCAACGAUCUUGUCUGCUACUGUCUGCAUUUGAACCGCACCACCAGCACCACCAGUUUAGGAGCAUAAGGAACACGCAACAACAACCAUGAAGUACUCACUCCUCGCCACCGUUGCCCUCGCCACCGCCGCCCACGCGGCCGUCCAAGGUUUCGACAUCUCCAACUGGCAGCCCUCGGUGGAUUUUGCAGCCGCAUACUCCUCCGGCGCCCGCUUCGUCAUCAUCAAGGUCACCGAAAGCACCGACUACAUCGACCCCACCUUCAACUCGCACUACACGGGGGCCACCAAGGCGGGCCUCAUCCGCGGCGGGUACCACUUCGCGCACCCGGGCGAGACGUCCGGGGCGGCGCAGGCGGACUACUUCAUCGCGCACGGCGGCGGCUGGAGCGGUGACGGGAUCACGCUCCCGGGGAUGCUGGACCUCGAGUCCGGCUGUUGGGGGCUGUCGGCGAGCGCCAUGGUUUCGUGGAUCCGCGCCUUUAGCGACCGGUACCACGGAAAGACGGGGCGGUACCCCAUGCUGUACACGAGCCCGUCGUGGUGGAGCGAGUGCACGGGCAACAGCAACGCGUUCGCCGAGACCAACCCGCUCGUGCUGGCGAGGUGGGGGAGCUCGCCCGGGACGAUCCCCGGGGGUUGGCCGUAUCAGACCAUUUGGCAGAAUAGUGACUCUUAUGCGCAUGGGGGCGACUCAGAUGUCUUCAACGGCGCGUACGAUCGGUUGGUUGCCUUGGCUACUGGAUAGGUGGAGGAGGUCUGGGGGAAAGUCUCGGCGCGGGUAGGCUGCUGGUUAAGGAAGUUGGAAAUGCGGGUGGAUUCUCUCUCAACGCUCCGACUGUGCGUGAUAUCGCUCCAAUGAUGAACUUGCAACUUCAUGCGGUGUGCAUGUCCCUCUCUUCUUGUCAUAGCCUG